CAGGGUACGGGUAUCAACACCCCCUCAUGACCAGAUUUCUCCAUAUCUGCACAUAUCGUUCAUGAAACGAAAAUGACGCGCAUCUUUAUCUCUGGUAUUCCAAAAGGCCUAAAGCAUGGUCCUGUAUCCCGGAUUAUUAAGCAAAGUAUUGAAACAGUGGCACAAGUAAAGAAUAUUUCGGUUCAUCCAAACAAGGGAUACGCAUUUGUGGACUUGUACUCUGAAUCAUCUCUGGAUAUUGUUCUAACGUUGAAUAACAAAAUUGAAGUAAACGGUGUCGCGCCAGUACUGCAAAGAUCGAAAAUCGGGAGGAAACGACACCAAACAUCUAAUAAACAAGUGCAGAUUCAGCUAAAUCGACAGUUCAAGCAUCAAGACUUAACGUAUCACUGUGGUACUGCUGGAUUCCAGACAUAUGCGGAAUAUCAACGUGAUAGACCAAAAAGAGAACCAAUGGAUGUGGCAUGCCUUUACAAAAAACGCAAACAGAUCAAGCCAUGGAAGAAGAUUAAAUUGCAGUCGUCCUUACCAUCACCGAAUAUAGGAGUAAAAACAACAGGCAGCUGCUUUGAACGUUACAAAAGACGAAAUUAUCAUUAUAUCUCCUCCAAGUGUACUUCUCCUGAGACAAGUGCAAAGCAUCGUAAUGUUAACAAGAAGUUACACCUCGGUGUCAAUGAUGGCUGUACUGAAAAUGAUGUGACGAAAAACAUAUCCAGUCGAGGGCAAGACUUAUCUGCAAAAUUCCACGGCUACAGAAAAUUCCAAAACCUCGCCCAGGGCACUGAGUGAGACAACACGUCUCCAGCAACGUUUCCAGCAAUCACAUGAUGUAACAAACAAAACAGUUGGUCGUUUUGUUAAGGCGUAUGUGUACCAUAGUUCGAAAUAUCUUUUCGAAAUAGAUGUCGAUAACAAAAACGUUUUUGGAAGUGUCAGCGCCGCAAUAUGCAACAAACAUACCGUUCCUGGAGAUUCACUUCUCUUUUUCUAUAACGGCAAAUUGUUGAAUGAAGAAAAUCAACCAACAAUAUCCGAUGGCAGCAAUAUCCACAUUACUGUGAAAGGCGUUGGAGGUAUGAACCGAACCGACUGCUCCAAACAAAUGGAGAGAAAGCCAGAUUAUCUGUUGACAGAAAGAGUUGAAUCUGGCGCGGCCACCAGUGUAGCAUCACAUCCAAAAUCCGGGACAGGAGAAUGUUUGGAUUCUUGUGAACAAGGAGAGGUAGAGGGGGAGUUAGACGAUUUAGAAACUGAAAUGAAAAGAUUAGAGCAAGCUCUAGCAAAGCGUCACCAAAAAAAUAUUGAACAUGCAGAACUACUUGAAAGAGAGUACAAACAACUCACAGGGGAAAACCAAACGGAACUGAAGAGGUUACUUUCAAACACAGCAGAAAAAACGUGCAACAUAAUCCCGGAACAAGCAGAAGACAUAACAGUACGAGGCGAAGUAGAAAGGAAAGCAUGCGUAAUCGGAAUACGCCGUUCCUUUGAACUACCACGUGGUGCACAGCCUGUAGAUCCUCCUGGCGGUAUUUCACAAAUCCAAAACUACGAAAACAUGUCGGAAGAUCAGCUUCGCAUUGCACUGAUUGGUAAGACAGGGUCAGGAAAAAGUGCAACAUGCAACACCAUUCUUGGAAUCGAUACCUUUAAAUCUCUGCCUUCUGCACGUUCCGUGACUGACAGGUGUCAAUCUGAGCAAGGCUCUAGAUUAGGAAAGAAGAUCAUGAUAGUCGAUACACCGGGGAUGUGCGAUACUACUGCUACAAAGGAGGACACAUUGGCAGAAGUAAGAAAACUAGUUAACAUGACAGUACCUGGUCCCCAUGCUAUUAUUCUUGUUGUUGGUAUAGGCAGAUUUACAGAGGAAGAAACACAAGCUGUUUCAGAUCUUUCUAAACUGUUUGGUAAAGCCAUGUAUAAAUUUCUUAUUGUGGUAUUUACGCGGUUAGAUGAUUUGGAACAUGAUCAACAAAGUUUACCAAAAUAUGUUGAAGGAAGCCCAGAAGCUCUGAAAAAACUGCUGAAUAAAUGCGAUAAUCGAUACAUCGGCUUUAACAAUCGUGCAUCACCGGAUAUAAGAGAAAAACAAGCCAAAGCAUUAAUCGAAAUGAUAAAUAAAUGCAACGCUGACAAUGGUGGGUCCCAUUACUCCAACGAUAUGUAUCGAAAAGCAAUGGAUGAAUUCAGACAGACCCUCAAAGACAGCCAAAAGCAACAGAAAGAACUAGUUCUAAAGAAAGAGAAAGACUUCAGGCGCGAAAUGCAGGAAAACUUCCGCAAAAAGCAAGAAGAACUAGAAGAAGAAAUUCGGCGUUUGAAACGUGAGCAACAGGAAGCAAAAGACCGUGCUGAGAGGACUCGAAAUGAGCUUAUCAAACUGGUAAAUGAAAAGAAGCGCCAUAGUAAGGUUAUGGAAGAAAAAGAAAGAGAAGACGAAGAAGAGUAUUAUGAUAUGAAAGAAAUGUUAGAGAAGGUACAGGCAAAAUUAUCGAAGCAAACGGCUGAAAGCCGCUCGAAGAAUGUUGAAUGGGUAAAGAUAUUAAGGGAACAUUUUCAAUCUUUCAUUACAAGUCAAAACGAGAAAAUAGAAGAAGAAAAGAAGAUAAAGCAAAACUAUGAAGACAAGCAUCAAUCGGCAUUUCAAGAUGCAAAAGAAUUUGAAUUAGCACACUUAGAACAAAGAGCGUUGUAUGACAAAUUUGUACAACUCGCGUGGAAAAGAGAAGAACAGCUAAAGAAGGAAGCGCAUGAAAGAGAAAGGCAAUUUCAGGAUGAGUUGAAUCGAGUGAAGGAACGACAAGAAGAAGAGAUGAAGAAAGAAUUGAACAAAUUUCGGAAGGAAAAAAGAAAUGGAAAACGUUAAAAGAAAAUCAGCCUGUUCAAUAUUGUAAUGAUACAAAAAGUUGGAUAUUAGCGGGACAUUUUUCUCCUUUCUCCAAAGUAAAAGCGUGUAUUCGCGUGUAUUUAAUUCCCAUGCUUUUGCGCUCAAUUUCCCAUCCUGCAAUUGUUACCUCACAUUGCCCGAAGGGCAGGUGAACUUAUGCAAUUGCGCAGCGUCCGUCGUCCGUCGUCAAGCGUCCGUCAACUUUUUUUUUUUAAACCCUGCUAGUCCUGAACGCCUGAAUGAAUUUUGAUGAAAUUUGGUCUGGAGCAUUAUUGGGUAAUGGAGAUCUAACAUUGUAUUAAAAAAGAUGGUGUGUGUGGCAUUGGGAGGGAGGGGCGGGGCUCAAUAGGGGAAAUUGAAGUAAAUACUUUAUCUCCCUACUGGUCCUGAACAGAUGAAGGGAUUUCGAUGAAAUUUUGUCAGUAGCAUAAUUGAAUGAAACAGUCAUUCCUUUGGGACAAGAGGGGCGACGCCAAGUAGGGCAGAUAUUGAUAAAUCUUUUGAAUCGUUCUUAGUCCUUAAGAUCCGACUGGAUCUUUGUCGAAAUUUGAUCUGGUGCAUUAUUGGGCAAUGGAGAUCUCAUUUUGUAUAACCAGCGGGGUGUGGCUGCCAUUGAGCCGGAGGGGGCGGGGCCCAAUAAGAAAAUUAGGUUAAUUCUUUAAAUCCCAACUAGUCGUGAACUCCUGAAUGUAAUUCGAUGAAAUUUUGGGCGGAGGGGCAGGGCCCAAUAAGAGAGUUAAACCAUUGAAAUCCGUACUAGUCCUGAACAACUGGAUUUUGAUAAAAUUUGGUCCGGAGUAUCAUUGGGUGAAGAAACUCUAAUAUUGUAUAAAUCCAAAAGUAAUUCCCUCGGACAAGAGGGGCUGGGCACAAUAGGGCAAAUAUAGACAAAUCUUUUAAAUCGCUACAAGUCUUGAACAACUGAAUGGAUUUUGAUAAGAUAUGGUCUUGAACAUUAUUUGGCAAAUGAGAUAUAAUAUUGUAUCAACGAAGGAUAUUGUACUUCUUUCAAGAAUUCCAGGAUUUGAUUUACUCGUAGUUUGAACCAUUGUGGAGAGGCAAUUCAAAGGUAGGAAAAUAAACAUUUGAAAUAUAACUGAAGUUAGACCAUUUUGCCAUUAUAACUGAAAAAUCUAGAUAAGCGAUGCAGACCCCCUUGUUCUCUUGAAUUCACGAUUACAUAGUAAGGGUACACAUGUCUCUCUACUUGAUUUGAUCGGGAAAAUUCCUUAUGCAUGGUAGGGUAUCAUUUUGUAACGUAAUAGCAACUCCCAAAUACAGUUUUCUCGACCAGACACACAGAAAUAGUCUUUUCAUUUAAGUUCACUUGGUCCGAAGGGAUUAGCUUAUGCCAUGGCUCAGUGUCCUUCAAAUCGCUACUAAAACGACUGAAUGGAUUUUGGUUAAUCAUGAGCAACCGAUUGAAUUUAGAUGAAAUUUAAACGGAGAAUGUUGCUUCCUUGGGGCCGCUAGGGCGGGGUUAUUUAGGGGAAACGUAGAAAAAUCCCUCUUCAUCUUUAAGAAUAUCAGGAUGUGAUUCAAAGACCGAGGGACGGGGCAAAACGGGGUCCAACUGACUGAAAUUUCAAAAAUCUUCUCAAAGUCCAAAUUAGGUAGAAUCAAAUACUCUGCAUAGAUGGAAGGGUCUGAAGGUGCUUUAUAAUAAUUUUGAACUUAAGAUAUCGCGAUCUUACGUUUGCCCCUGUGGAGGGGGUAAACUUUACUAUAGUUUACAUCGAGAAGAUUUUUUUUUCUUGACUAUUUUUGGUUGAAUUUCUGUUCGGAUUAAUUCUAAUUUCGUUAGAACUAUCAAUACGGGAUGACAGUUUGUUGGUAUGCAUAUUGGCCCUGACUAACCCUCGCGGACAAAUCCGUUUACAUAAGUAGGAUGGCUUCACGCAUUGCUCUAGUUAUAUUAAUCUAAUUUAAAAUUUCUGAAGUAUGUUACUUUUGUUUUUGUUUUUCUAUCCUGUUUGAUGUAGGUUUCUUUUAUUGCCAUUUUAUCAACCAUUUAUUGACAUGUAUAACUUAUGUUUCUGUUAUUGUUCCGUUAAAAUAGGAAUAAUAGUACUCGUGGAAUGGAAAUCAAUCAAAGAGCAAUAACCGAUUUGCCUUUCAACGUGGAGGUCAGAUAUUGAUUAAGCCUGUUUAUUUUACCGAAAAUUAAUUAAUUAUUCUGUGUAAUUUCUUUUCGAAAGUAUUUUCCCAGCUUGUGUACGUAUAUUUUGUAAUCACAACGAGCAGUGCACCUUAUUUAUCCAAGAAGUGUAAUGUAACCUUUCAAAGCUAUCUGUUUUAACGUUUGAUUUAAAGAAUAUGUUACCAGCAUUGAAAAUGAAAAUGUCGACCAUGAAAAAAAGACAAUGAAUAGACAUUUGUAUAGAUGAUAGCUCAAUAAAAAGUUAUUACAUUGA